CCCGAUCCAACCGGGAGCGCGCAGGCGCAGCCAAUCGGGAGUCCCGCCAACUGUCCUGGAGCCUGAGGUCGCCUGUGCCAUCACUGCCACUUCCACGCUCGCCAUGGGCCCGGGUCCCCGGCUGCUGCUACCGCUUGUGCUUUGCCUGGGGCUCGGCGCGCUCGUGUCUUCUUCGGGGUCCUCGGGCAACCGCAAGCGAGGCCCUUCGGUGACGGCCAAGGUCUUCUUUGAUGUAAGGAUUGGAGACAAAGAUGUGGGCAGAAUUGUGAUUGGCCUCUUUGGAAAAGUUGUACCCAGGACGGUGGAAAAUUUUGUCACUCUGGCAACAGGAGAGAAAGGAUAUGGCUAUAAAGGAAGCAUCUUUCAUCGCGUCAUCAAGGAUUUCAUGAUUCAAGGGGGAGACUUCACUGCGGGAGACGGCACUGGUGGUUUUAGCAUUUAUGGUGAGACAUUUCCUGAUGAGAACUUUAGGCUGAAGCACUAUGGCAUUGGGUGGGUCAGCAUGGCCAAUGCUGGGCCUAACACCAAUGGCUCCCAGUUCUUUAUCACCUUGACCAAGCCCACCUGGCUGGAUGGCAAACAUGUGGUUUUUGGAAAAGUCCUCGAUGGGAUGAGCGUGGUGCACUCCAUUGAGCUCCAGGCAACCGAUGAGCAUGACCGUCCUCUCACCAACUGCACCAUCGUCAACAGUGGCAAGAUAGAUGUGAAAACGCCCUUCGUGGUUGAGGUUGCAGACUGGUGACACAACUGGAAGAAAACAAGCAGCACAGCUGGCAGGGUUGUGUGUGUGUGAGAGUACAGUAUGUGUGUGCACGCAUCUAUGUGUGUGUACAGUAUGUGUGUGCACGCAUCUAUGUGUGUGUACAGUAUGUGUGUGCACGCAUCUGUGUGUGUACAGUAUGUGUGUGCACGCAUCUAUGUGAGUGUACAGUAUGUGUGUGCACGCAUCUGUCUGCCCAUCUGCCUCUAAUUCUUCAGUUUCUGUUUUGCUUUGCUUUUUACUUUCUUUUAAUUCCCAUUCCAGAGCACAGGGAAGAUUUAACAAUCAAUGCACUCCAAGUUUAAUUUGAAUGAACCUGGGGUAAAUCACCUAUUCAGGAACUUUGAACUGAAAAGAUACAUCCUCUUCCUUCCAUGGUGCUGUUUUUAAAUUAGAAAACUUUGUAUUGGCUAUUUAUUUUUAAGAAAACAGUCAUUUGUUUGUUUGUUUUUGUUAAAUUCAUUGUUAUCUCUAUGUUAGGUGGAACUGAAGAUAUAUUUGAAAAAGAUGAAGAUAUGAAGUUUAUUUUUCUGUAUUCAAAUAAUUCUUUUCAGAUAAAGGGAAACUUGAUUAGUAUAAUCGGAUAUAUGUCUUAGGGAUAUUUGCCUGAUAAAAGGUGCUUUUGUGUUCUCUAUAUAAAAUACUUUUUAUAUGCAUUA